GUUGUAAUAUAAUAAUCUUUCUCAUUGCAACAGAGAUGACGACGGACUUCUGGGUGGGAGGCCGGUACACGAAGGACACCGAGGCCUGGACGUGGCUGGACGACGCCCCGAUGGACCUCGGCUCGCCCUACUGGGCCGUCAGACACACCAACAGCUGCAGCAGCGCCAGCAGGAGUCGGCGCCACACGCCAAGCCUGAAGACGUCGCCUACUGGACCAACACUUCGGCCUGCUACCACUACGAGCAGGCGCCGCGGCGCGACUCCCAGCAGCUCUGCGCCGCCGUCACCUUCCGCCACUACUUCUACAUUAGCGACGAGGACUGCCUGGGCGUCAGGAGCCCUCUGUGUGAACAUGUUCCCAGCACCGCUCAUGACCUCACCCUCGCUGGCAGUCCGUGAGCACCUGAUGCUUUUCGAAAGGAAAACUUGCCAGAAGUAAAAUGCCUUUGAUAUAGUUAUGAAUGAAUUCUAUGAGCAACCAUCCUGUAACGCUUUUUCAAAUUAUGUCAUGAUUUUCAGUUUAGCUUGUUUCCAGUAAAAUCCACACCUAUUUUUAACCCAUAUGCAAUUGCUUUGAUAGAAAGGGUUAUAUCAAAUGAGAAUCAGUUUACGUAGCAUGAAAUGCAAAAAGACGUUUAUCUUUUCAUUUCUUUUAAAGUGACAUUUGAGUGCAUCGUAAAGUUAAAACAUUCUUACAGAAUAUUUUAUAAGAUAAUGAAAUGCCCUUAAUAAAGCAUCGUCAGUGUGUAGACCUAUC